AUGAAUCAAGUUAAAAAAUUUGUGCCAGUGAAUGAACGUAUUUGCUACAUACGAAUCGCGCAACAGAAACUAGAUCUAAUAAUAUUGAACUGCAUAGCACCGACUGAAAAUGCAGACGAUGAGGAAAAAAAUAGUUUCUAUAAUACGUUAGAAGCAACUUUUGACGUUUUGCCUAAAAACUUUAUAAGGCUAAUUGUCGGAGAUUUAAAUGCUCAAGUUGGUAGAGAAACGUCCUUUGGACAAACAAUUGGAAAAGAAAGCUGGCAUCUUACGACAAAUAACAAUGGUCAAAAAAUAAUUGACUUUUGCUCUUCAAAAGACCUCAUAAUUAGCAGCACCUAUUUCCCAAGAAAAAACAUUUAUAAACAUACAUGGUCUGCCCCAGAUGGAAAAACGAAAAGUCAAAUUGACCAUAUCAUAAUAGACAAGAGGCACAAAACAUCAAUUCGUAAAGUUAGAAGUUACAGAGGAGCUGAUGGAGAUACUGACCAUUAUUUAGUUGUUGCAACGUUUGUAUUAAAGCAGUCAGUAAAAUGGAGGAGUAAGAAACAAACAGGAAAGAAUAAUAAACUUUAUAUAGAAAAAGUUAGGAAUCCGAAGGAGAUAGACACAUACCAAAGAGAAAUUUCGGAAAAUCUCAGGAAAUAUAAUCUUGCAGAACAUGAAUCGGAUAAAGUUACACUGUGGUCAAAGACAAAAGAAUCUAUAACAAAAGCCGCUGAAAGACUACGAGGUAAGCGCACUAAACAAAACGAAAAUCAUUGGUUUAAUCUGGAAUGCCAAGCUGCUAUUAACAAGCGAAUUUUAGCUAGAAUAAAUAUGAUGCUAAAUCCAACAGAAGAGAACAUAAGUGAAUACUCUAAACUCAGAACCCCAGCAAACAAGGUGAUUAGACAACAGAAACGCGCAGUGGAAAAAAGAGCUAUAGAAGAUAUCGAAUAUUAUAAGAAAGAACCUAGAUUGUUUUUUAAGAAGUGCAGAUCGAUUAAAGAGGGUUUCAAGGCACGUACUAAUUCCAUCACAGACACGAAUGGUCAUAUAAUAUUGGAACCUUGCGAGAUCGUAAACAAAUUUCAAGAAUAUUUUGAAGAACUGUUAAAUAACAAAAAUUCCCGCACUGGAAAUAACAACAAUGGAAAGUACGAAGAAAUACUAUAUCACACAGCAGAACCUGAACUGCCAGCACCAAAUAUCGAGGAAAUUGAAAUUAUUAUUAAAUCACUAAAGAAUAAUAAAUAUCCAGGGGAAGAUAAUAUAAAUCCUGAACUACUAAAAAUUGCAGGAAAAGAAAUUUUAAUUAACAUACACCACAUUAUAGCAAAUAUAUGGAACAGCGAACAAGUAGAACAGGAGUGGUCGUCAUCAGUUAUCUGUCCUAUUUUCAAGAAAGGGGAUCCAACUAAAGUUAGUAAUUAUCGAGGUAUAUCGCUUUUAGACACAGCGUACAAGGUGCUCUCAAUAGCUAUCUUACGAAGAAUAGAAGCAAUAGCAAUAGACAUUGUAGGAAAAUAUCAGUGUGGUUUCUCAAAAGGAAGAUCUACCAGUGACCACAUCUUCACGCUCAGACAAACAAUGGAAAAGUAUUAUGAGUACGACAAAGACCUACACAUGAUAUUUAUAGAUUUUAGACAAGCGUACGAUAGCAUCGACAGAGAACAGCUAUGA